AUGAGGAUCUCCAAUGCCGUGACACAGGCUACAGGCCUUCUUUUGUCACUGGGUCUUGCUACCGAGGCGAGAUCUGUUACCCCAGCUGCGAAAGGAUACUCGCGGAAUGAUGCCUGCGGUCCGCAUGCACCGUUCAAGCCCCUUCCUUCAAGUCAACCGCGGACCAAGACGUGUCACGUUUCCACUUACGGGGAUGGGCGCGAUGACUCCAAGCAUAUUCUGUCCGCAAUCAAGCAGUGCAAUAAUGGCGGCAAGGUUGUAUUUGAUGCUGACAAGUCCUACACAAUUGGAACGGCAUUGGAUCUGACGUUCCUCAAACAUGUAGAUCUCGAUAUCCAGGGAUAUGUCAAAUUCACCAACGAUACGGACUACUGGCAGGAGAAUGCUUUCAAGCAGACGUACCAGAACGCCACUACCUUUUUCCAGUUGGGUGGUGAAGACGUUAAUCUCUACGGCGGGGGCACGCUUGACGGAAAUGGUCAAGUUUGGUAUGAUCUGUAUGCCGAGGAUGCUCUGAUCCUGCGUCCCGUCUUAGUAGGAGUGAUUGGACUCCAUGGUGGUACCAUUGGUCCCAUCAACCUUCGCUAUUCACCCCAGUGGUACCAUUUCGUUGCAAACUCCACCAACGUCCUAUUUGAUGGGAUCGACAUCUCGGGAUACAGUAAGAACAAUAUUACUGCUAAGAACACUGAUGGAUGGGAUAUCUACCGCUCGUCGAACAUUGUUAUUCAGAACUCUGUGAUCAACAACGGUGAUGACUGUGUAUCUUUCAAGCCCAAUACUACAGAGGUCAUUGUCCAGAAUCUCCACUGCAAUGGCUCUCAUGGUAUCUCGGUUGGUUCGCUGGGACAGUACAAGGACGAAGUCGAUAUUGUUGAGAAUCUGCUCAUUUAUAACAUCUCAAUGUUCAAUGCAUCGGACGGUGCUCGUAUCAAAGUUUGGCCUGGCGUUUCAUCUGAGCUCUCCACCGACUUGCAGGGCGGUGGUGGUUCAGGUAGCGUUAAGAAUGUCACCUACGACACAAUGUACAUUGACAAUGUCGACUAUGCCAUUGAAGUCACCCAGUGCUACGGACAGAGCAAUCUGACUCUUUGCGAUGAAUACCCGAGCAGUCUCACAAUCUCCGAUGUUUACUUUAACAAUAUCCAUGGUACAACCUCGGGUAAAGAGAACCCUGAUGUUGGAACCAUCGUUUGCUCGAGCCCAGAUGUUUGCUCGAAUAUUCACGCUACCAAUAUUGACGUCACCAAUCCGAAAGGAGCUGACUACAAUGUGUUUGUCUGCAAAAAUGUCAACGAUACUCUACUAGAUGUCAACUGCACGACCUAG